AAUUGAUGUAACCACUCUGUACACGAAAAUGUUUUGUGGAACAAAACUCAGCUGUUUUGACAUCUUCAAUUAGACAAUAUUUUAUUUUAUAAUAAAUAGAGCAAAUUUGUGAAUUACUUGAAUAACUAAAUAAACUCUAAUUUAUUUCAAAAUGUCGCGGUUAUUGUUGACAAAUUUGAAGACUUGCCCAACCACACAUUUACUUUCUACGAUAAGUACAAAUACAUCAUACUUUACUCCAGGUCUGAAUCAUGUGGAGCGCCGGCAGGAGAUUCAUCUUACGUCAACAUGUAGUGAAAUACGAAAAUUAGCACGGUUGCGUGUAGUAGAUAAUAGUGAAAUUGGAAAACGGGCCAUGGCAGAAGGAAAACCACCAAGAUGUAUUCAUGUAUAUAAUAAGCGCUCUGUGGGUUAUAUUGGUGACAAAGUGCUUGUAGCCAUUAAAGGUCAAAUGAAGAAGGGAAUAUUGGUUGGAUUAAAGCAAAACCAGAAACUAAAGAUCCCGAAGUUUGACAGCAACAAUAUUGUACUAAUCGAUGACAAUGGCAGCCCUCUAGGUACACGCAUUCAUGUACCCAUUCCAACAGUUCUUCGUACCAUACUCAAAGAAAAAACACAAGCGAAAGGAGCGGAUUAUACAAAAGUUCUGGCUAUAGCAAGCAGAUUUGUUUAAAAAUGUGUCAAUAAAUUUAACCUACCUUCUUGUUAAUGAACAAAA